UGCUCGCCGUUGCUAGGCAGCGCACCUGCCGCCUGGUUAGCUUGACGCCGGCUGGCAGAAAGCAGCUUGUCUCUACUCGCUCAACUUUCCUCAUUAAUGCUUUAAAAGACGGUGAAACCAUGGCGAAUGCCCACCGGACAAACGUGCUGGUCACUUCGUGUCUGAAGACGCCGGUAGACCCGCACACUAAAGUGCCGUUAGCUUUAUACGAGAGAGAGAGAGCCCUGCCGUACACCGCGGCGGGACAGAUGGACAACCGGGACUACGAGAAGGAGAUAGAGUAUGGGAACUCGGGCUCUGAGUUCAGCGACGAGGGUUCUCCAAGGAGGAGCCGCCCUCUGAGGAUGAAGGACUACAGAGUAUCGGGAGACCGCAUCAAUCUGAGUGAGAUAUUCUUCUCCAACGAGGAGUACUACAGCAAGCUGGAGGACCUGAAGAAGGCUCACCUGCGCACCAUGGCCGAGCUGGAGGGCAUGUACCGCAAAAAGCUGCAGCUCAAAUCCAGCGACCCCUUGGACACAACGCUGGAGGCCGGCAACAGGCCAUUGUGGGCAAAGACCAGCCCAGCAGCUUCAUACCAUUUGAGGAAGGCUCACUCUGCUCUCGAGCUCAGGGGAGGCUCUGAACAGGUGGGCACAUCAGACGAGGAGGGAGCUGCUGCUAACUAUGUGGAGAAAGGCCUGCUUUCCUCACCAAAAGAACACAUCAAGAACAUGUGGAGGGACUUCAGGCUGUCCCCCAACAAUCUUCACCUGUCCUCCUCCUCGCUGCAGAGCCUCCCAGGAGACCAGAAGAGGCGCAACGGCUCCAAGGGAAGGGUCAGGAAGAGGGACAUUUAUAAAGACUUGGAGCAGGACUCUUGGAAACACAAAGUGACCGUUCCAGAACCAUUCCAGAUGAUGCUGCGUGAGGCCGAGAGACGAAGACGCGGCAUCAAGACGCGUUCAGAGAUUGAAAUGGAGAAUGCAGAGCUGCGACGACAGCUGGAGGAACUGACAGAGUGCCAGCGGAAGUUCCGCGCCAGUCCCGUCCCAGCGCACGUUCACCUUCCGCUUUACGAAGAGCUGCAGGAGCGGGAUGAGGAGCGCCGGCGAACCUUGCGAGAGCGUGAAGAGCAGCAUCUUCGCACUAUUCAGAAGCCAUUCAGCUUCCUGGAGCGUGAACGAUUGAAAAAGGAGAAGAAAGAGGAAGAGCUCCGCCAGGUGCAGUCUGCCCAGGAGGAGGUUAAACCCUUCAAGGCCAACCCUGUGCCCAAGGCAGUGUAUAUUGCUGCAUCUGGGGAGCAGAUGAAAGAGGAGCAGCUCUAUCGUUCCAUCAAGAUGCAGAUGAGAGCCAAGGAAAUGCUCUGCAGUGCUUCGAUGCCUCCCAGCAUGCUGGCGCGACGACUCAGUGAACGGAAGACCAAAGACACUGCCACUGCAGCUGAAGGGGAUGAAAGCUUCUCCCACAGGCCCCAGAUAAACAAAGACGUACCUGACUUCAGUGCCAGUUACCGACGUUUCCAGAGGCAACUUGAGAGUCGGAAGGAGGUGAGACCCGUGACUGCAUGCGAACCCUUCAAUUUAAGAACGUCGCAGAUCCCCUCACACCGUGAACGCAUUCUGGCCGACAUCGAGAAGGAGCAGUCCAGCCCUCGGCCGGCACGCUGGCCCUAUUUAAGCCCGAACACCCGAACGCCCAACUCAAGCCUCUGCUCUUCACUCUCGAGCAGCCUGGAGCUCCUGCCCACCAAAGCCACAGAUGCCACCAAAAAGCGCCAAGAGGCUGUGAGAAAGGUGCUUGAGCAGAGGAAGAAGGCUGAGGAAGAGGAGGAGACGUGGAGAGAGAGACAGAAGCAGAGGGAGAGGAAGCUGCAGAAGUUGGUGCUGAAGCGAGCCCAGGCCAACGACCCCCAUCUGGCGCUCUCGCAGGCCCAGCCAGCCAAGCUCAAAGAGUUCAGGAAACAAGACCUCCUGCGCAAGAAGGAGUACCGGCAGGAGAUUAAAGAGAUCCAGGAGAGGGUGAAGGGAAGACCACUGCUGUUGGAACAGGUUGCACAGAGGAAUGCCAAGCAGAGAGCAGAGAAGCGCUACACAGACAAGCUGCGGAGCUGUGAUCUGACUGAGGACUUCGUCAGAGGCAAGGUGGCCAAAUCCCAGCAGCCAGGCAGAUCGGGAUCUGCACGGAAAUCCUCUUUCUCCAGCGACUCCAGACUGAGUGACAGGGAGGAGGCAGAUCUCGGAUAUGAACCUGUUCGCUUCAGAAAGGUCUACCUGGACGACGAAGACGUGGAGGCGGAGGAACCAGAGGAGGCAGGUGGCGAGCAGGACGGGGAGGACGCCGCUCAUUACUCGGACGAUCACCACGAUUCAGACAACAGCUACCACUACUCAGACGAUCACGAGGAUUACUCUGAUGACAGCGAGCAUAGCCCUGCUCCAGGUGACAGGAAGCAGGAGCGUGAUGUCAUCAGAUGGCGCCGCGGCAACCACAGUGACAGAAGCAGCCCGCGCAGUCGUAACAGUCAACGCUCUGACAGGGAAGACAGAGCGGACAAGGCAAGUGAGGAGGAAGACUGAACAGCCCUGCUCUUACCCUGUCAAAAUGUCUCCAAACAGAGUUGUACAGUAGUAAAUAAAAGCAUUUUAUAUUAUAACUCAUGUACAAAUGGACAGAAAAUAAAUGAGAACAUGAAAAAUGUAUGUAUGGAUAGCCUUUAAGAACUUAAGGAUGAGCGGUAUUUAUACUGUCAAUAUUGCAACAGCUAUAGGAGGAGAAAUGUUCCAUAUUUAUUAUUUUUGUAUUGUAAUGCCCAGCCAUGACAGACAAGACAGUUUGUUUUCAUACUGGGAAAAUGUAAGACUUUUAAUGUUUCAUUGUAUUGACUCUUCUUACCACCUGCAGCUGUAUGUCAUAUUCUGUACUGUUUCCUGAAUAUAUACACUCAUGGUAUUAAGGCACUUUGGGGUAAAAACAUCCACUAAAUGGCACAUGACAUCAUAACAGUAGCGUCCCCCCCAUCUGUAGUCAUGUUGACAUUACAUUUGGCACAUUUGACCGUCCACAAUAAAGCCAUUUAAACAAA